GUGUGUAAUAUAAUCCCUUCACCCAGCUGGGAACAUGAAGGAUGCUUACUUGGCAAAACCAUCUCAAAGAUAAGAUGAGAUACAGCCCAAACCAUUACGGGUCUAUUACCCCACCACAGCGCAGUAAGGAACCUUCAGUCCCAGUUCCCACAGUAAGAUGUUAUUAAUUCAUUUCGGUUGUUAGUUGAGGACCCGCACCGAACAUGGAGUAUCGGAUGGUGAUUAUGUAUGUGGAGAUUGGCUGCUUUGUAACCUGCCUGUGUGGCUGGAUCCUGGUUUGCUCCACUCUUCCCACAGAGUACUGGACGUUCUCUGAGGUGGGCACCGUCGUCAUGACCACCGGCAACUACUACUCCAACCUGUGGAGAGACUGUGUCUCGGACACCACGGGGGUGUCUGACUGCAAGGAGUACCCAUCCAUGCUGGCCCUGCCUGUGUACCUGCAUGCCCUCAGAGCACUUGCGAUCUGCGCAGUGAUCACAGGCUUCUUCGGAGGGGUCCUCACGCUUAUUGGGAUGAAAUGCACUAAAAUUGGUGGAUCAGAGAUCAUAAACUCAAGGGUGGCGUUUUCUGGUGGUAUAACCUACUUAGUUUCAGGAUUUUGUGGCAUGAUCACAUACUCGUGGUGGGCAAACAGAGUCGUAACACAAUUUGUGGAUCCGAACUACAUGGACCAGAAAUUUGAACUGGGUGCUGCUGUUUUCAUUGGCUGGGGAGGCUCCAUCCUUCUCCUUAGUGGGGGAAUGGUGCUCACUUACUUCUCUGGGAAGGAAGGUCUACCAUCACGUUUAUCUAAAGGGCCACGAAGGCCGGCUUCUUAUGUGACUGCCCGUACCAGGCGGACAUACAUGCACCCGCCGCCCUCAUCCAGAGUGACACUAGUGCCGCCACUGUAUUAUUCAGACGGGAGGAGUCAAACAACCAGAGGGACAACAAAGACUGCUCCCAUUCAGAGUUGGGAUACCUUCGUAUGAGCUAAAAGCGUAAAACCCAGAGAGUGACUGAGCGGUUUCCACCUCAGGAAGUCAUAGCUCCCCCAGCAGCCUUGAGUUUAGUAUCCAGUAUGGCUGCCACUUUAGAAACUCUACUUUCAGCAGCUCAGAAGGCAUGUUUCUGUUCUAUUUACGUGCAUAAAAUGAAGAUAAACAUGUUGUUCCUGUUUGUAUUGCUAAGAGCAGUAAGUCCCACAACAAUAAGCAUCUCCAACUGGUUUUCUUCAGAGAUAUAUCCAAUGCCUUAUAUGGCCAACAGUUUCCCGCAGGAAAAAAACUCAGAGGCUUUAUUUUACUUUGAUGAUUCUCUGUCAAAGAUUUAAUAAUGCUAAAUUCAUCAAAUGUGGCAAAUUUUGAGUGGCUGAAUGUUCUUCUCGUACUGUGAUAAGACAGUACUUUCUUAUCACACUUUAUUUUCUUCCCCAGAUAUUUUCUAAAGGGAACGUUUGAUAUUUUGGGAAGUACUCAACAACAUUUCAUCAAACUGUUUCCCACUGAGAAUACAUGGUUCAGGAUUUUAGACCAGCAUUAAAUUUUUAUGGCACAAUCUAAUAAAUACCACAAUUAUCUUUACUUCUUAUUUAUUAGCAUAUCAUAAAUGUAUUUAAUCUGUUUCAUUUAGUAACAAAUUAAAUAUGAAAUAAAAUAAGUUGAACAAACUUGUUUAAUGCUAUUUUUUAAUCAAGUUUUUUAUAUGGAAAAAUAAAACCUUAACAUUCAUCCCCUGUUGUCUUAUUUUUAUAUAUUGGUUGUGAUGUGUGAACCAAAUGCCUCCAGCUGUAUUAUUUUUAAAGAGAAGAAAACUUUAUUUGGUUUACAAUAAUAAAUCAAAGUUGAAACCAGGUUAAAAUCAAUCAAUAAACAAAGACCGUUUUAUUGCCCUUAUUUCACCUGCCGGACAUCAAACUACAAUCUAUGGAAAUCUCUGUGCUUCUUAAAAACAAUCCGUUUUGAAAAUAUGUGUAGUGCAGCGAUCUGCCCUCUUAAAAUAAUUAAACUGAACAUUUCUGGGAAGUACUUACAGCAAAGUAAAGUCGUAAACCUUGAUGCCAGCUGAGCAAACUGGCUCGUUUGAACACAUAACUGGUAAAUGUGCUGAUUUAGUACCUACUGAAAUAAUUAAUAGCUCAAAUUAUUUAACAAACAAUUUACCUCAUUAAAAGUAUGAAUACAUUUUAGCAUUUAAUAAAUAAUUACUUUGAUUUAAAAACUUUAACAAAGGAAGUAUGACAUAAACAAUACAUUUCAUGGUUCCUGUGCUGCAGAACAUUGUCAAA